AGAAUACAGGCAGGCCGGGACCUCCGCGCUGCUUACGCUCUCUUCUGUCACCAUUUCUGUAAUUGCUAGUUGACUUUGCGGCUCCGUAACCCUCUGUGUAGAACUGUAACCCAAGAAGGAAUCAAACAGGGUAGGAAAGCGCCGAAUGAUCGUGAAACGAGAAAUGUAAGAUGACUGAGAGCGGCCAUAUUGGAGAUUAGACCAAAUCAAAUGUUGGAGGUGAAGAAUACAAACCACCAGUCCCCCAAGUGCCUUGAGCAAUGUGAUACUUCUGGAUGGAUCUAACUACCAAUUUGUGUCUUAAUAGCAAGUCCCUUUUAUUUAGCUUUUUCAAAACAUGGUGCCGUAUCGCAUAUUGUGAUGUAACUUAGUGGCCAGGGAGAGAGAGAGACAGAAUUUAUUGCAGCCUCUCAGCACGCAGCUUCGUGUCUGGAAGAUGGGAGCAAUAAUGCCUUAAGGAGAGUGGAAAGCAAGAGCGAAAGAGGAGAGAUAAAGAUGGAGGUGAGGACCCGCCGAGCGCCGCUGGCCACCUCGACAAGAUGGUGGGCGGUCUGAGCCACCCCCGGACGUCGCCCUGACCAGAAUGCGGGGCGGGGGAGGGAACAAGGGGCACCAUCAGCGUUUCCCUGGCGGCGGCAAGGACGCGCAAGGGUCCGGAUACUACUCCUCCGACUCCGACGAAGAGGAUACCAAUGGGCGGCGCCGCGGGUUGGGGCCUCACCUUCACCAGGAGGACCUAGAUGCAGACGACUCCAUCGCGCUGGACUCGUCGUAUCCCCCAGCAGGAGAGUAUGCCGACGACGAUGAGGAAGAGGAUGCCAUCGAGGUGACAGUGGAGACGCUUAUGGGGGACUCUUAUCGCGUGAGGGUCUCUCAGUGGGACACCGCUCUCGGGCUCAAAGGCCUCUUGUAUCGCACUCAAGGAAUCCCAACUAGCCACCAGCACCUAAUUUUGGGUGAGCGAGAGUUGCUGGACGAUUCGUGUCUGAUAGAACAAGGCGUAAUGGAUGGCUCGACCCUCCGGCUGGUGUUAUCUAUGCGUGGGGGACCCAUUAACGCUCGCCGGCUCCCCACCCAGGAAGACCUUCUCUGGCGCGAGGUUACUGAAUACAUCGAUGUCAACAGAGAUGACCUUUGGGACGGUGUUGGGGGCCGCACGGUGACCUUGCUUGUGCUGCGAGACGGAGAGAACGUCAACCUGUACCGCGUGGUGGAGAACCAGGACGGGUCCUUCUCGCCUCUCAAUGAGUCCUGGGGCUCCAUGGGCAGCAGCGGGCGGGCGGAGGAGCUAGCCAACCAGACACAACAAGUCUCGGAAGAAGAAGCCAAGACAAGAGCACGCAUGGUAGAGAUCAGGGCCCGCAUGGCGGAAAUGAAGAUCAGGAACAAGGCAAAAAGUGAAAAGGUGAAAGUAUCGCCCCCUUCAAGGAGAUCAUUAAGCCGAUCUUCUAAAGUUGGAACUGAGAAUCACGAGGACCUGCCCUCUUCGAAGCUGGACAUGUCCCAGGGACUAACUCGCAUUGCAGUUGGAAGUUCGAGGUCUAGCACACGCCAGCAUAGCGGGAGUAAGCUUCUCAGCACGGUAAACCGCCGGGGUGGACGAGUCUCACGGCCCACUACCCAGGAACGUUCAGAGUUUGUUCGAGCAAGCAUUGCAAGACCGACCCUAAAGGAAUUGCCCAAUGUCAAUCCUAUUCCCAUUGAUUUUAGCAGAAAGAAGCCCUUAGAGAAUAUCCGUCCACAAGGUGAUCGCAGUAGAUUAAACUCCGUAAAUGAAAGCACAGGAAGAGGACGGUUAUUUCCUCUUCCAGACACUCCUAAUACUCAAGUGCAAAGUAAACAUUAUGAUUCCUAUCGCAAAUCAAUAGUAAAACACGGGAAAGGGACGGACUCUGGAGGCCAUGGAACCGAGAGUGAAGGUGACAGAGAUACCUUUGAGGCUUGGCCUAGAAGAGAUGUCUCUAAGCCUCUUUAUAUGCUUCCUGAAACUACUAGAACUCGUACUCGUCGUUAUGAUGAUGGCCGCCUUAAUCGAUCUCAUAACCAAGCGCUUAUGCGUUCAGCUCAACAUACUGCGCACAUCCGGCCUAAAACUUCUCCUGAGGUUUUAGAACGGCGGCCAGGAACCUCAGGUGAUCUGAGCACUAUUGGCGAGCGUAUACACUUGCGGGCCCCCGAUGAUAAUCUUCGUAAAUUGUGUGACAUUCUUGGUUCAUCAAGAGGAAAUUCACGACAGUCGCAUCACUUGGCUAAUUCUCCACCAGAAACUACUUUUCCUAAGUCUAAUUUAUCCGAUAACCUGUCAACUAGUAAUGGUUUGUCACGUAGCCACAAAACUAACUCCGUGUCAGUGUCUUUGGCAUCCCUACGAAGUCGCGGUGGGACACCACCUUCCCCAGGGCCAGGUGCUCUGGUGGCUUCUGGGUCACGAGAACAGAGAGACAUAUUGCGGGGUCUGAUGCGAAGUCAAGGUGGAGCUUCCAGGCGGACUACUCCUGAAGAUGCACGUUUCCUCAACCGGCGCCCAGGAAGUGGGAAAGUAUCUGUCGCUUCCUCUCAUCUUCCUCCUUUCACACCUCGGCGGAAAGGGCGCCUGAAACAAAAGUGCCAGCAGUGUUCCAAACGUCUUGGUGUUGCAACAACUUACGAAUGUCGCUGUGGUGGCAUCUUCUGUGCUCAGCAUCGUUAUGCAGAGACACACACCUGCACUUAUGACUAUAGAGCAGCAGGUCGAAAUUUCAUCCAGAUGUCUAAUCCUUUGGUAGCACCCAAUAAAUUGCCCAAAAUUUAGGUAAACUUUUAUGCCUUUUAACUGUGAUGAAAAUCUUGCCAGGCAUCAUUUAGACAGGAUGUGAUGUGUACAUAAGUUCCAAUGUUCGACAGGCCGUUACCUGAACUCAACACAAGGGUGUUGGUUGCACUUAUAUUGACAGUACAUAGUGCCUCGGAGUAAUAUUAAUUACUUUUUAUAUCAGGAUACUGCACAUGAUGGAUUUAGUUUACAAUAUCUAUAUCUCACUCAAAAUCAAAACUUACUAUGUAUAUUAAGCAUUGUUCAGGGAACCUAUGUUUUUAUAUUCAUUGUACUAUAUAUGAAAAAUGUAGAAUAUGCUGUACAUAUGUUCCACAAAAUUAGCAAUACCACAUCUCUUGUAUAUUAAUUAUGCAGAAUACCCAUUUUGAAUCAUGUCAUGUAAGAUAUACAUAACUGCUCAAGAUCCCACAGCACCAAGGUAACCUAGAGGAAGAGCUUAGUGUGUACAAAAUUGAAAAAAGGUAAGAUCAAGGUUAUCGAGACAAAUCGUGGAUCUGGCCUAUCUACUGAUUUCAUUGUUUAUGGAUAGCUUGUGUAUAGACCUUAGUAAUUUACCCUUGCUCUUUCAGUGACACAUUAGCUAUAUAUAAUACUUAAUUUUGUAGAUGUUACUACAAAAUAUAUAAUUUAAUUAUUACUGGAGUAAUAAUUAAUCGCCGACUCAUUACAAAUUCGCUGUGACACUAACUGCAAUCACUAAUUUGAUAAAGACUGCUUUACAUCGCAUACAGUAUAAGAGAAUUAAAAAUUAAAUACGAAUUAUUAUGAGUAGCAUUAAUAAUGUUUAAGUCAAGUAAAACAAAGUGUCAUAAUUAACACCAGUGGGAUAAAGUGUUAUCUGUUCCACAGACAUGCCUUUUUCUGUCAUUCCAUGGGUGUGCGCGUGUGAGAAGAUGGGUAUAUAUUAUUAUUGCAAUAGAUUUAUGCUUCAAACUGAAAGUAUUUUUUAUCGUGUUUACUACUUUGGUAGUCAAACUAAUAUUUUGAAUUCGUUAAUAAAUAUGUGCAACCUUAAAUUUGGUUGAACUCCAUUUUGCUAUUUUGUCUCUCGACUCUUUAAGGUUGGCACUGUCAGACCAGGGGUGACAUACGCUAAGAUUGGCACUGUCCGACUAGGGUUGACACACACUAAGGUUGGCACUGAAUGAUUAGGCUUUCCACAAAAUAAUGCAUCAGUAGUGUAGCUAGAUGCAUCGUUGUCCUGAUAUGUUGGUAAGCAUACUUAGUAUGUCUUCAUUCGACAAAUUAUUGAUCAUUUACAAUAUUUCACUUAAUUUGAUUGAUAUAAUUUCUCACAAACAUCUCUGCUUUAUAUGACAUGCAUUCCUGUAAAAUGUUACUUUUCUUUUCUUGA